AGAGGACGCAUCCAGAUCACAGCAGAUAUCAAGGACAACAAACUCACCGUCUACAUCCAGGAGGCUUGUAACCUGGUCCCCAUGGACCCUAACGGUCUGUCCGACCCCUACGUGAAGCUCAAACUCAUCCCCGACCCCAAGAGUGACACCAAGCAGAAGACCAAGACCAUCAAGUGUAACCUGAACCCCACCUGGAAUGAGAGCUUCACAUUUCCUCUGAAGGACUCUGAUAAGGACCGGCGUCUGUCGGUGGAGAUCUGGGACUGGGAUCUGACCAGCAGGAACGACUUCAUGGGAGCGCUCUCAUUCGGCGUCUCAGAGCUCCAGAAACAAGGAGUGGAUGGAUGGUUUAAAUUGUUGUCCCAGGAGGAGGGAGAAUACUUCAAUGUUCCUGUCCAACCAGACGGAGAAGACGGCAACGAGGAACUACGACAAAAGUUUGAGAGGGCUAAGAUUGGUCCCGGUAAGAACACAGACGGCUCCUCCUCUAACUCCACCUCCAAGUACGAUAGCAACGGUAACCAGGACCGCGUCAAACUGACAGACUUCAACUUCAUUAUGGUGUUGGGCAAGGGCAGCUUCGGGAAGGUGAUGUUAGCAGAGCGUAAAGGAGCAGACGAGCUGUACGCCGUAAAGAUCCUGAAGAAGGACGUGGUGAUUCAGGAUGAUGAUGUGGAGUGCACCAUGGUGGAGAAGAGGGUCCUGGCCCUGUCCGGGAAACCUCCCUUCCUCACACAGCUCCACUCCUGCUUCCAGACCAUGGACAGGUUAUAUUUUGUGAUGGAGUAUAUCAACGGAGGAGACCUCAUGUAUCAGAUCCAGCAGGUCGGCAAGUUCAAGGAACCACACGCUGUUUUCUAUGCUGCAGAGAUCUCCAUCGGCCUCCUCUUCCUCCAUUCCAAAGGCAUCGUUUACCGGGAUCUGAAGCUGGACAACGUGAUGCUGGAUGCAGAAGGCCACAUUAAGAUCGCUGACUUUGGGAUGUGCAAAGAGAACAUGUUAGACGGUGUCACCACCAAGACCUUCUGUGGGACCCCAGACUACAUCGCUCCUGAGAUCAUAGCGUACCAGCCCUAUGGGAAGUCUGUGGACUGGUGGGCCUUUGGAGUUCUGCUCUACGAGAUGCUGGCUGGACAGCCUCCCUUCGAUGGUGAGGACGAGGACGAGUUGUUUCAGUCCAUCAUGGAGCAUCACGUCUCCUACCCCAAGUCCAUGUCCAAGGAGGCUGUCGCCAUCUGCAAAGGGUUGAUGACUAAGCACCCAGGGAAGCGUCUGGGCUGUGGUCCGGAGGGGGAGAGGGAUAUAAAGGAACACGCUUUCUUCCGUUACAUGGACUGGGACAAACUGGAGAACAAGGAAGUCCAGCCGCCCUUCAAACCCAAAGCCUGCGGUCGCGAAGCAGAGAACUUUGAUCGUUUCUUUACCCGCCACCCCCCCGUCUUGACCCCCCCCGACCAGGAGGUCAUCAUGAACCUGGACCAGGAAGAGUUCCAGGGAUUCUCAUUCGUUAACCCAGAGUACCCCGACAUGGACUGACCCAUCACAGCGCUGCAUGAGCUCCGUGAUCCUGCCCCUCUUCCAGAUCUCAUAUCAUUUCAUCGCCAGGAUAUAGUUUAGGGACCAAAGGGUGUAUCCCAGUUGUCUCUCCUCCCUCUUGAGCGUGCACUUGUUCACUACUCCUGAGUGGCGCGGCCGGCUAAUGGCAUCUCAGUGCACGGAGCGUCACUACAGUGCCUGGUUCGAAUCCAGGCUGUGUCACAUCCAGCCGUGAUUGGGAGUCCUAAGAGGGCGGCGCACGAUUGGCCCAGCGUCGUCCGGGUUUUGGCCAGGGGGGGAGGGGUAGGUCGUCAUUGUAAAUAAUAAUUUGUUCUUUAACUGACUUGCCCAGUUAAAUAAAGAUUAAAUACAUUUUUUUUUAUAAACACAAACAUAAAAACAUUAUUGGUGUUAACCUGGAGUAGAGUUUCCAUUUACCACUCAUUUCCUUUCAAGUGAAGAAGUGUGUGCUUUGGGAGGAAGGGGAGAGGAUUGGGACAUAGCCGAGUCCCUACCCACUGUUCUAACCUAAACACAGAUCUAGGAUCAGAUUCCCCAUGCCCCUAGUCUAAACCUGAACCAUGACGGAGAUCUGCCCUCUGAUCAGCGGUGAAAGACAACUUCUACUCAAAACACAACAGCAAGGACCCAUGUGCAUGAAAUCCGACAACAACAACAACAACAAAAAAAAUGCUGAAUCGAUCGAUUUUCAACUAAUCGAUAAUCAAAUCAAAUGAGUUACAUUCCACCAUCAACCAAUCAAAUGACCUCCCGACUGUUACUGGGACCAAUAUUGACCGACUGAUCGAACUGAUCGACUUUCUUACUGUUUAAUGAUCAAUCGGGGUAUUGUUUUAUUGUUUGUAUUGAUUAGGGAUCCCCCGUUUAGGGAUUUAGAACUGUUAUGAAAUGUUAGCAUCACCACCACCUCACACACCAUGUCGCGUUACUGUAAAACUGUGCCAAAGCAGGGUCAGAGUUCAGGGUCCAGUGUCCUCCGUUACGGGGAGACACACUGCAGCCAUUUUGUGCCACAGAGCCCAAACAACCCCACACCUCAGAAUAGCAUUCACUGCGACUGGAAACACACGGACACACCAGGGCUCAUCUCCAAUAGUCUUCUCAACCCGGUCCAAUCACACAUCUCUAGAUAUCGCUCUGAGACCAGGGCCCGUUCCCUCUAUAGUGACCUGCUAUUGACUAGGGCCCAUUCCCUCUAUAGUGACCUGCUAUUCACCAGGGAGGGGCCCAUUCCCUCUAUAGUGACCUGCUAUUGAUCAGGGAGGGCCCAUUCCCCAUAGUGACCUGCUAUUCACCAGGGAGGGGCCCAUUCCCUCUAUAGUGACCUGCUAUUGACCAGGGAGGGCCCAUUCCCUCUAUAGUGACCUGCUAUUGACCAGGGAGGGGCCCAUUCCUUCUAUAGUGACCUGCUAUUGACCAGGGCCCAUUCCCUCUAUAGUGACCUGCUAUUGGCCAGGGCCCAUUCCCUCUAUAGUGACCUGCUAUUGACCAGGGAGGGGCCCAUUCCCUCUAUAGUGACCUGCUAUUGACCAGGGAGGGGCCAUUCCCUCUAUAGUGACCUGCUAUUGACCAUGGAGGGCCCGUUCCCUCUAUAGUGACCUGCUAUUGACUAGGGCCCAUUCCCUCUAUAGUGACCUGCUAUUGACCAGGGAGGGCCCGUUCCCUCUAUAGUGACCUGCUAUUGACCAGGGAGGGCCCAUUCCCUCUAUAGUGACCUGCUAUUGACCAGGGCCCAUUCCCUCUAUAGUGACCUGCUAUUGACUAGGGUCCAUUCCCUCUAUAGUGACCUGCUAUUGGCCAGGGAGGGCCCAUUCCCUCUAUAGUGACCUGCUAUUGACCAGGGAGGGCCCAUUCCCUCUAUAGUGACCUGCUAUUGACCAGGGAGGGCCCAUUCCCUCUAUAGUGACCUGCUAUUGAACAGGGAGGGCCCGUUCCCUCUAUAGUGACCUGCUAUUGAACAGGGAGGGCCCGUUCCCUCUAUAGUGACCUGCUAUUGACCAGGGAGGGCCCGUUCCCCAUAGUGACCUGCUAUUGACCAGGGAGGGGCCCAUUCCCUCUAUAGUGACCUGCUAUUGACCAGGGAGGGGCCCAUUCCCUCUAUAGUGACCUGCUAUUGACCAGGGAGGGCCCAUUCCCUCUAUAGUGACCUGCUAUUGACCAGGGCCCAUUCCCUCUAUAGUGACCUGCUAUUGACCAGGGAGGGCCCAUUCCCUCUAUAGUGACCUGCUAUUGACCAGGGAGGGGCCCAUUCCCCAUAGUGACCUGCUAUUGACCAGGGAGGGCCCGUUCCCUCUAUAGUGACCUGCUAUUGACCAGGGAGGGGCCCAUUCCCUCUAUAGUGACCUGCUAUUGACCAGGGAGGGGCCCAUUCCCCAUAGUGACCUGCUAUUGACCAGGGACGGCCCAUUCCCUCUAUAGUGACCUGCUAUUGACCAGGGAGGGCCCGUUCCCUCUAUAGUGACCUGCUAUUGACCAGGGAGGGCCCAUUCCCUCUAUAGUGACCUGCUAUUGACCAGGGCCCAUUCCCUCUAUAGUGACCUGCUAUUGACCAGGGAGGGGCCCAUUCCCUCUAUAGUGACCUGCUAUUGACCAGGGAGGGCCCAUUCCCUCUAUAGUGACCUGCUAUUGACCAGGGAGGGCCCGUUCCCUCUAUAGUGACCUGCUAUUGACCAGGGAGGGCCCGUUCCCCAUAGUGACCUGCUAUUGACCAGGGAGGGGCCCAUUCCCUCUAUAGUGACCUGCUAUUGACCAGGGAGGGCCCAUUCCCUCUAUAGUGACCUGCUAUUGACCAGGGAGGGCCCGUUCCCCAUAGUGACCUGCUAUUGACCAGGGAGGGCCCAUUCCCCAUAGUGACCUGCUAUUGACCAGGGAGGGGCCCAUUCCCUCUAUAGUGACCUGCUAUUGACCAGGGAGGGGCCCAUUCCCUCUAUAGUGACCUGCUAUUGACCAGGGAGGGCCCAUUCCCCAUAGUGACCUGCUAUUGACCAGGGCCCGUUCCCCAUAGUGACCUGCUAUUGACCAGGGAGGGCCCGUUCCCUCUAUAGUGACCUGCUAUUGACCAGGGACGGCCCAUUCCCUCUAUAGUGACCUGCUAUUGACCAGGGAGGGCCCAUUCCCUCUAUAGUGACCUGCUAUUGACCAGGGAGGGGCCCAUUCCCUCUAUAGUGACCUGCUAUUGACCAGGGAGGGCCCAUUCCCCAUAGUGACCUGCUAUUGACCAGGGAGGGCCCAUUCCCCAUAGUGACCUGCUAUUGGCCAGGGAGGGCCCAUUCCCUCUAUAGUGAUCUGCUAUUGACCAGGGAGGGCCCAUUCCCUCUAUAGUGACCUGCUAUUGACCAGGGACGGCCCAUUCCCUCUAUAGUGACCUGCUAUUGACCAGGGACGGCCCAUUCCCCAUAGUGACCUGCUAUUGACCAGGGAGGGCCCAUUCCCCAUAGUGACCU